CGCCGGCCGCUAUGUCCGCCUCCAACUCGCGCCACCGCGUCGCUUGACGAUCCAUUCUCCCUCCCCCCUCUCCCCCCUCUCCACUCCUCCCCCUUCUGCUCUCUCUCGAUCCGAAUCGCGCUGUUGGAUCUUGGAUCGCGUGCUCCCGUACGCGUGUCUCGUAAAUCGCGAGUGUGUGAACGUUAAAGGGGAUACGAAGCAGUGUGGGGGGAUAAGAGUGAAAUUGAACGGAAGGGAAGGAUGAUCUGAGGUGAGAGACGUGGGCCUGUUGUGGGAAGGAUUUUUCGUGUGGUUCGAGGAUCAUUUUUUUCGAUCAUCGAAGAUCGAAGGAGGAUCGGCGAGAGGAUCGUGGGAUUUCGAAAAAUUGGAAAUUCGUGAAUUUUGUGUGGAUGUGGGUCGAGGGUAAGAAUAUUAUUGUUAAGUACGUAGAAUAGAAUAUGUUUCGAAAAAAUUCCAAUGGAUUUUUAAAAAAAUUGGACACGUAGGAGGAGUGAGAAUAGUCGCCGAGGAUCGUAAGAUCGCAAGAAAAAUUUCGAAUGGUGAAUUUUCACAGAUAUCUAAGGAGAGGAGAAAUAUUAUUGCGAGGAUAACGUUUGAAAAAAUUUCAAAAUUGAUUUUAAAAGAUUCAAUCGAAGAAUAAGAAUAAUACCGUUGUCGUAGGAUCGUAAGAUCGUAAGAAAAAUUUCGAAUAACGUAACGUUUCAGAGAUCUGAUCGAGGGGUAAGAAGAAUAUUAUCUCGCCAGGAAUCGUAAAAUAUUUCGAAAUAUUCCAAUUGUGGAUCUUAGAAAUUCAAUCGAAGGACAAGGAUAUCGUUGCCGAGGAUCGUAAGAUUUCGAAGAUUUCGAUCCAACUCCAAAUAUAUAUAUAUAUAAAAGAAAAAGACAUCAUUGCGGAGGAUAAUGAAAUUUCCAAAAAAUGUUAAUCCUCGUUUUUUUAAAGAAUCUCAUUGUGAAGGAAUCGUAAGCUCGAUCUUUCUCAAAGAUUGGACGGGGAAUAGAAUAAUAAAAUUCUAGAUCUGAAGAAAUUUAUAAGAGGAUUGCAACGUAUAACGCUGUUUGGCAGAAUUAUCACGACAGGGUUAACAGCAUCUCCAGGCUUUAGGGGUUCGAGAGAUUGGGAGAUCCGAAGUGGACGGUGAGGUUUAACGGGGGCGAUCGUACCGGCCCCGUUAGUCGUAAAUCUCCUUUCGUGUCUUGCCUCCAUUCCCGUAAACGCCAAAACCUCUAACUAACUUUGAGAUAAGUGGAAGAAUAAUCAACCGUGAAUAAUCAUCUGUUUACCAUCGAACACGUGGGGAUCAGCGAUGAAAAAGUGUUUUGCCCGAUUUUAACGUUCGUCCGUAUAAUAUAACAAAUAACAACGAAUUCUAAGAAAUUCUAAGCGAUCGAUUUCGAGGAACGCGUGGAUAAACGACAUAAGAACAAACAGUGCGGAAUUUGUGCGGAUAUAAUUUUACGGUGGCAGAGUGAGACGAGACGAUGAAAGGACGGAUGGUUGGUGGUACGUCGUAGCAAGGUCGAUGAAGAUACGAGCUGGCCAUACGGAAACUGGUCAAGGAGGUGUAUUGACGGUUGGAUUAUUGACAAGAGGAGAGGAGCUGUUCGAGUUGGAUACAAGAAGUGGAAAAUGGAAAACGUGCCGAUGAAACGUUCAGAUUGGAAGGGUUGACGCGACGAGGAUAAAUCGGAAUCGCGACGAUUUGAUUAAUCGUUCGAUAACACGUUCCGCGUGAUUCUCAGCGAUCCUGUCACUGAUUUUCGAAGUUUGAUCUGGUUCGUAAUCGGAAAUUAUGAGGUGGUUCUGGAUCAUCGUGCUAAUAGCCCUGGCGCUGCCAGCAGCCGUGCCACGAAAGACGCAUCGCAGCAAACCUACGCCGAGGCUCUAUGGGGAGAGGGUGCCUGUCAAGUUGCUGAGAACGAGCAACAGCAAGGUCCGACAGAAGAUCGUCGAUACCCAUAACUAUCUUCGCACCCAGGUCAAGCCUCCAGCUGCUAAUAUGCUGGUCAUGAAAUGGCAUCCAGGCUUGGCCAAAGCUGCGCAGAGAUGGGCCAAUCGAUGCCUUGGAUUGGUACACGACAACGCGACUGGCCUAUAUUUGGAUGGUUUUGGACAGAGCGGACAAAACAUCUUCAUUACGACGAGAAGGACAUUGUGGAAUUUCCCGAUCAGAAUGUGGUACAUGGAGUACAAAGAUUACAAAUACGGGGACGACGAGGCGAACGAUCUACACGAAAUCGGGCAUUACACCCAAAUCGCAUGGGCGACCACGCAUCUGGUGGGCUGCGGCGUGAGCCACUGUACCGGUGGCAGAGGACCACUUGGAAAGGAUUUCUUUAUGUACGUCUGCAACUAUGCCCCGAGCGGGAAUUACAAAGGUCGGCUGGGCCACCCAUACGUUGCCGGUAAACCGUGCACCAUGUGCAACGAGCACUGUUCGAGGAACAAGCUUUGCACGAACGCGUGCCACCACGUCGAUCUCUGGUCGAACUGCGUCGAGCUGGCUAGGAUGUUCCGCUCCUGGGUCUGCGAGACGAACACGAACGAGGGCCGCGAACGGCGGAAGUUCUGCGGCGCCACGUGCAACUGCGAGGGCAAGAUCUACUAUCACCACGGGUAGUGAACGAUCCUCCACCUCCACCCCUCCCCCCUUUCCCCUCGCGUCGGUUCAUCCUUCACCCUUUCCCCCUACCCCCUACCCCCUCUUUUCGGCAUAACGUAAUAUCGUCGAUACGAUCGAGGUAUCUGAACUGAAAUAAUUUCAGGGUUUUGGAGGCCGAAACGUUCGAGGCCUUCGACUUCGUAGGUGUGUGGAACAACGUGGAAAUUGUGAUUUUUUUCCUCGACGAAAGGGACGAGUUAGUUUCGUUCAAUGAUGAACGAUGAGGGGUGAAUUUUACGCGAAUCGUUUUACACUCAUUACGCUCUUUUUGAUUCGUUUAGGCGUCGAUGAUUAAGUUAAAGAAAAGGUUCGUUGAUUGAAAAUCGACCUCGGGAGAAUCGGUAUAAAAAUCGAUCUAAAAUCGUUUAAACUUUCGUCGGUCGAUAAAUUUAAAACGGGCGAUUCGUUUUUUUUUUUUUUUUUUUUUGGCGGAUCGAAAGAUCGGCUUCUGAACUUUUCCAUUGAUCGAUAUUAAAAAUUCUUCGACGAACGAAAGUAAAAAUUCGUGCGAACGAAUAAAAUUUUUUAAACUUAGAAAGUUCGCUCUUAGCAAGUUUUCUCCCCGCGUUGCAAUCACUUUUGGUUGCUGCAUCCCUUUUUAAUCGCGGAGUAAAUACCAUUAGAAGGAUAUUUCGUUUGUUUCGAGGGAGAAAGUGAGAAACGAGAGAGAGAGGGGGGGAGAUAAAGCGCGGCACAAUCGUGAAGCAGACGAGAAAGUAAAUUGAGCUGGAUCAGCUUGUUCCUCGAGAAGAGUUUGACUUUUCAGAAUUGCUCCGCUUUUAAUAUAUUUUAUCUUCGUUUUACCUUCGUUCAGAGAUUAUCGUCUUCGCGAUAUUUUUAAUUUUUAAAUUAGAUUAAAAAAAAAUAGAGAGAAUCUGAAUCCCUUCGACAAUAAAACUGAUAUAUUCGAUCAAAAAGAAAGACGAUCGAGGAUUGCACGGAAUAAAAUAUAAUAUACGAAUUAAAAAAACGCUACAAUUAUUUCUCUUUAGACGAAAACUCCACCCCUCGAGCGCAAUAAUUGGAACUGAUUAUCUUACUCACGCGAUGAAACAUGAUAUUCAUAACUUCUAUUCGUCAAAUUUAUUCUGAUUUUAUAUUUUAAUACGAGAGAAAAAAGAAAAAAAGAAAAAGAAAAGAAUUGAACGAAAUAAAACAUAAAAUACGAAUUGAAAGAAACGCUGCAAUUAUUUCUCUUCAGAGAAAAAACUCCACCCCUCCAUCGCAACGAUUUUGUUAAAAAUCAGGAUUGAAUUUCAUUAUAAUGGCAUUCUAUCGAGAAAGAUUAUGUCUCUAAUUCUUCGUUUUCAUUAAGAGUGAACGAUCGAGGAACAGUUUCCCCUUUGCUCCACGAAUUCAUUCAUUCGACAACUCUCUCUGCCGUCCCGUCCGGAAAUUUACUCUAUUUUGUUCGAGCCCUCUUGGCUCGCCUUUCGAACCGUUCGCGUCGAUCGAGCAGGAACAAUUCGAGCCCCGAAGGCGAGCCACGAAUUGGGGGUUGGGAAUUGGGCGAGGAGUAAUAAUGGAAGGAGGGAUAAGAAGAGAGAAAUCAGGCGAGAUCCUUUUGAUAUUUGUAAACGAGUAAGAGUGUGUGUCUUAUAUAGACGUGCAUGCGGUGUGUAAAUACGUAUAGAUAAGAGAUAAAUAGAUAAAUAAAUAAAUAAAUAAAAAGAGUAAAUAAAUAAUUAAAAAUUCGUAGGUGAAAAAACGUGGUUGGGUGUUUCUCGGUGCUCUAUUAGAUUCUGUCGUUUGAUUCUGGACGUUCUGGCGAGCUGUCGAUAAAGAUCGUUGCUGCUAACUUUAUUGUUUACGAGUUUCUUUUGAAAAAAUUGAUAAAUUGUCGAAAAUCUAUUUAUUAUUGUACAAUAUUAAUUUAAUAUAAUAUUUAAUUUAAGCAUACACGUUCGUGUUGAUAGAAAAUGUAAUUAUGCUACGAUUUUAAUUAAAGUUGAUCCGACAUUGUGAUCAGGAAAUAAUAACGAAUUAAAAUUAUUCUCUUCUUAAAAUAUUAAUUGGUAAGUAUAAAUUUUAAUAAACAUAAUCUUCGGAUAUCGACGGGAUAUAUAAAUCGAUAUUUUUAUUAUUAUUCUUUUUAUUUAUCUUAGCAUCAUUUUGAGUUAAUAAUCGAAAAUAAAAUGAUUGGAUCAUCUCAUCGUUGUAUAAAACUCGAAAAGAAUUUUUAAAAUUUUAUAUAAUUAUUCUAAAAAUAAUAAUUAGAAGAUGUACAUAUAUAUAUAUAUAUUUUUUUUAAUUCACGUACGAAUUAAUUAGUUUUAUCGACGAGCUCGCACGUCGCCUAAACGUGGGACUAAAAAAAAAAGAAAAAAAAAAAAUGUAUAAACAUAACCGGAACCCCUAUCUCUUAACGUGUUUAGCGAUGUAAGGUUAUACGAUAGUCAAUGUAUACAAGAAAUUGCGUAACAAUUUAAUCUCGUGAUUUUAUUUAACCUUCGAUCUCGAGAACUUAUGAAUGCAACCGUUUAAAAAAAAAAAAAAAAAAAAAAAAGAACGAGAGAGAACAAAUGAAUUAAUCGCUUUAUAAAAAUUGUAAAUAAAUUUUUGGAUCUCUACAUAUCCGUUCGGACAAUUACUAGACAAUAGGAAUAAUUUUAAUUCCGAUUGAAUCGUGGUUAAAAAAAAUUUUAUCCAUCGUGUUAUUAUUAAAAUCAUCGUUUAACACCCUUUUUAUAAUAAAAAGAAAAAGAUGGAAAGAAAUCCAUCUUCUUUUUUACCCAUCGCUGCAUUCACGAGUACUCGAACGAGAAAAAUGUAAAUUUUUCCACCGUUAUAUUUGUAACACUAUGGAAAACGAGGAUUUUUUCUUUUUUUUUUUUCGAAUAGAUUAAUUUACGCUUGUGACUGUGGGAAUAAUAUCUAAUUUUCGUUUCGAAAAAGAGAAAGAAAAAAGCAUAUGAAAAUAUUUUCACUUUACAAAUAAUUUUUUUCUAAAUCCAUUAUUCCAAUUUUUCUUUUCCAAAUCGAAAUUUCCAUCUAUCUUUAAAAUUUCCCAUUUAACACGAUCACAAGCGUACUCGUUUCAUCCUCGAUCGAUCCCCGCGAAUGUAUCCCCCGAAAUACGCCCCCAACGUAGAAUUCGUUUGCCACCUACCUAUGUUUUAUUACUUUGAAAGAAAUUACCGUUAUAUUUUUCAUCGCGUCUCAAUUCUCAUCGAACCAAUUACCAGGAGAAAGUGUGUGUGAGGGAGAAGAGUAAGUACCACAACGGAGGGGAAAAAGAGUCACGACGAAUGAAAGAAAGCGAUAAGAAAUUUAUGGAGAGAGGGGGUAAGGGGAGUGAGAGAGGCUAGGCUAGCCUAACCUAGUAAGUAAAAAAAAGAAGAGCGUUUUAAAUAUCAGAGAAAAGAUGAAAAUAUGAGACGCGAACGCGAUCGAUAACGCAAUAGGAGGCGAUUAAUCGGAUCGACGAUCAAGUCGAGAGGUUAAAUGAUCGAGAAAAAAAAAAAAA